CUCCUUCUUCCCUGUUUUUAUAUUCUCUUCAAUCUCCCAUUCUCUUCUGAGAUCAUAAAACUCUUCUUCUCUGUCAAAUAUUUUUCUCUCUGAAUUGGUUCAUCAAUGGCUUCUUCAUUGAAAACUGGGGUUUGUUUCCUUUCUGGUUCUAAUGAGUUUCAAAGAAGAAGAACCCAAGUUGUUCAUUCUUCUUCAAUGGCUUCUCCAUUGUUAUUUCAGAAAACCCUUGAAUUACCUGUGUUGAAGACCGAAUUUAAAGGAAUUCAAGUUUCUGUUGUUUCAGAUCAACAACAGACUCUUCUCAAAACCCCUCUUUCAAAUUUCUAUGUUAAUGCACAAGCAUCACUGUGUGUAAGCCGUUCAAUGAGAUGGUGGGAUAAAACUCUGAAACCAAACAUGAUUGAAAUCAAUUCAGCUACAGAACUAGUACAUUCUCUGUUAGAUGCUGGUGAUAAACUUGUUAUACUUGAUUUCUAUUCUCCUGGUUGUGGUGGUUGUAAAGCUCUGCAUCCCAAGAUUUGUCAAAUUGCAGAGCAGAAUCCAAAUGCAUUGAUUUUCAAAGUGAAUUAUGAAGAUCUUAAACCAAUGUGUUAUAGUCUCAACAUUCAUGUACUUCCGUUCUUUAGAUUUUACAGAGGAGCUGAGGGUCGUUUAUGCAGUUUCAGCUGCACCAAUGCAACUAUUAAGAAAUUUAAAGAUGCAUUAGCAAAACAUGGAACAGAAAGAUGUAGUCUUGGACCAGCAAAAGGGUUAGAAGAGAAAGAGUUGUUGAAAUUAGCUGAAAUUAAAGAGAUUAAUCUUGAUUUUGAUUUCUCCACUUCAAGAUCUAGAAGUAUCAAUGAAACCACAAUUGAAGAAUUGGUUUUAUCUAAAAUGGGUUUUGCUGGUUCUUCUUCUGAUAACAUCUUUGUUGAUGAUAACAAUGCUGCAGUAUUAAUGGCAUAAGAAGAAGAAGAAAAUGGAAAAGAAUGGAGUUAAGCUUAGUAAUCAUCCCUAAUUAGUAUUUAUUGUGAUUAAAAGCAGCUCCAUUUUUUUCUGUUUUUUUUUUGUAAAUAUCUAUUUGUGAUUAUUAUUUUUAGGGUUUCCACAGGUAGUAGGCUUUCAAGUUUUCUGGUUUAAGCCUACACAUUUAGUCAAUUGUUGUAUAAGAUUUUAGGUAUUGCAGUGAUUCUAUCUAUAAUUCAAUAAGAAGGAUUAUGUUCAGAAUCCUCA